UGGAUCGACAACUGCUGUACAGCCACGCUCAACCACACAAUCACAGUCGGAUACACGAAUUAUAAGUUCCGCAGCGAAGGUGAAGCUCUUACGGUCACUUGCGGUGUUGGACAAGCGCCAAGUUACGAUCUGCCCAUCAUGGAUAUGUGCAGGCAAAAGUUCCCCCAAGAAGUGUCGCACGGUUGUGAGUUGUAUCUUGCUCAAAUCGAUGCCAAGCCUUGGGACGAGCCCAUGCCGCCUCCGAUCAUCGAAGACUAG